GGCAACUUAAUACAACACGGUCUAUCGAUAAAGAAACUGGGUCCACCUGUUCAAGACCGCUAGAUGUUGCGUAACUCACUUCACGUUAGAUAAAUCUCUUACCUAUCAGAAAGGGGCAGGUGGGUGGGCACGUCUUAAUAUGAUAUUAGAUAGAAUGUGGACCUUUCUACGUUCAUCAGUAGUCGUCUGAGUGGUGUUGUAUCCAGAUUACUUCUUAGGCAUUUAAUUAAGAUGAAAAUACAGUGGCGACAAGAUGUUCCGGUUUAAAAAUUCUUAUCAUCUUUGGUGGAAAAGCACACAUAAGAGGCAUCCAUUGAGAGAAUCCACUAAAACGGCGCGAUUUUAGCAGCAAGUGACGAGAGCAUUCUCAUUCAAAAGAAGAAAAAUACGUACAAUAUACUGAGAUAAAAUAAACCAACAAUAUGUUUCCUCGGAAAUCUGUUUUGACGCAAAGGACGGUAAAUGUCAUAGUGAUAUUGUUGUUACUCUUCAAUAUUUAUUCAUGGCGUCAGACGCAGCAGCAACUGGCGUCGCACACGGAAGAUGUAGAACGACAAGGCUUGGAACGUAUUGGGCGAUCUUCAGGGCUUGAAGAGCAAGAAAGUUAUCGAGCGUUCGUCCAAGUGAUGCGGCCACAAUCUAAUCGUACUGUAAAUAAAACAGGUAAACCUUCGAACUCACUCAUCAAUGUCGUUAAAUUCAGACCCCGGAAUAAAACAAACGAGGCACCACCAGGGGUCUCUGGUGACACGGGAGGCAAGACAGGCCGCACCGGGCAAAGUGGGGACACGGGCCAACCAGUGCGCUCGGUUCACAAUUUUUACGGAAAAGUUUCUGCCGAGCAGUUUAAAGAGGCACUGAAGGUCAAUUAUUCAAAUCCACACGAUUUUAAAUACAUUAUUAACCCUGGCGAGAAAACGUGUGGGCAGUCGCCUGUGUUUAUUUUGACUUACGUGCAUUCUAGCCCUGAACAUUACAAACGUCGAUCAACAAUCCGCGAAACUUGGGGCAAUACAAAACUUUUCCCAGACUUGCAAAUGCGUAUGGUGUUUCUUAUAGGGAAAUCCCCAUCGAAAACCGUCCAAGAUUCUCUAUUAAUGGAGAGCGAUAGAUUUAACGACAUAAUCCAAGAGGACUAUUUGGAUAGUUAUAAAAACCUAACAUAUAAAGGGAUUCAAGGUCUUAAAUGGAUGACAACGUAUUGCCGCCAGGCGGAAUUCGUACUCAAAUCGGAUGACGAUAUAUUUAUUAACAUAUUCUCUUUAGUUAAACAUUUGAAAACUUUAAAACAUUACGGGAUACGAAAAAGAGCUAUACUUUGUCAUUUAUGGACCCGCAUGAAGGUCAUGCGCGACGUAAAAAGCAAAUGGUAUAUAAGUCCGGAAGAGUACAAAGAUGAUUUUUAUCCCAAAUAUUGUUCGGGCUCCGCGUUCCUCUUUUCAGGGGAUAUAGUGCCAGAGAUGUACGAGAUAUCUAAAGUGACCCCCUUCUUUUGGGUGGACGAUUUCUACAUAACCGGGCUCCUACCUUCUCGACUGGAGAACGUAAAACACGAGCCUUUGAACAAAGCUUAUUACUUUCAAGCGGAUCUGGUGGAGAAAUUCACCGGGCCCCAUUAUUACCUGUACAUGUUUGCGCAUUUACACGGACUCGAUAAAUUUUAUUAUAUGUGGAAUAUUAUUUUUGAAAAGGAGCGAGGAAAAAAACCCUCCUGACAUAAUAAUGCACAAUGAUCUCAUAUAUGUCAAGCACUCAAAAUACAGUAAUUUUUUUAUAAAUUUGAAUAAAUUAGGGUUGUUCUGUCGUGGCAACCAAAAGAAAUUGA